CCUCUGGCACAGGGAACUAACAUUCUCAAGGGAUUUACGUUUUUAAGAAAGACUGCCGAGAAGGAAGCUGAGGCAAGGCAGGGAACUAACAUUCUCAAGGGAUUUACGUUUUUAAGAAAGACUGCUGAGAAGGAAGCUGAGGCAAGGCAGGCUUCCAGGCGCACUGAGAACCUAGAGGAUGUUAGGGCAGGAGGAGGCCCCAUCCAGGCCAGCCUUACCUGAGAGUUCUUAAGGGAUGGUGGCCUGCUGAGGCCCCUUCCCCAGUCAUCUCGGGAAGCCCAGCCCUGGCUCUGGUUUUCAAAGAGGCACUGAGUUGAACUUCUCUGGAAUGAAUUGGUCUAGAGGAACUGGCCCUUAGAAGAAGAUGGGUGCCAGGGUGGGGAGGGGAGCUCUGGAGGGCUUUCAGAUCCUCCAUAGGGAUGUUUUGGCUUCUGCCCCCCGACCGCCCCCACAUUCACAUGCACUCACUCGCACACAUACACAGUCACUCUCACACUUAGGCACACACACAUACUCACAGACCCCGGAGCAGCCCUGACCUGGCGGCACUGGCUGCCCAGGAAGCAGCUGUUAGCUCACAGCAGCAGGAAGUGGUGGGCCCUGUGAGUGGGUGGGGAGGGGCUCCAGGCUCAUGUUGCAAUCCUGGAGAUUUGUCGUGGUGUGGUUGACGCUGCCUGACCCAGGGCCCUGCCUCCAACACAUUUCUGCUUCCUGGGACAAUCCCAGGCUGGGUGCCAGGAACCUGGAAUUCUCAGAGCCUGGGAGAGGUGAAAGAGAAAAGAGGCAGAAGGUGGCCGGCCAGCAGGAGCAGGAAAUGCAGAGCACCGUCAACUACCUCUGGCACACGGAUGACCUGCUGGGGCAGGGGGCCACUGCCAGUGUGUACAAGGCCCGCAACAAGAAAUCUGGGGAGCUGGUUGCUGUGAAGGUCUUCAACACUGCCAGCUACCUGCGACCCCGUGAGGUGCAGGUGAGGGAGUUUGAGGUCCUGCGGAAGCUGAACCACCAGAACAUCGUCAAGCUCUUUGCUGUGGAGGAGACGGGGGGCAGCCGUCAGAAGGUGCUGGUGAUGGAGUAUUGCUCCAGCGGGAGCCUGCUGAGUGUGCUCGAGAGCCCCGAGAAUGCUUUCGGGCUGCCCGAGGAGGAGUUCCUGGUGGUGCUGCGUUGUGUGGUGGCUGGCAUGAACCACCUGAGGGAGAAUGGCAUAGUCCACCGUGACAUCAAACCCGGAAACAUCAUGCGCCUCAUGGGGGAGGAAGGCCAGAGCAUCUACAAGCUGACGGACUUUGGGGCUGCGCGGGAGCUGGAUGACGACGAGAAGUUCGUCUCGGUCUAUGGGACUGAGGAGUACCUGCACCCCGACAUGUAUGAGAGGGCGGUGCUUCGCAAGCCCCAGCAGAAGGCGUUUGGGGUGACGGUGGAUCUCUGGAGCAUCGGGGUGACCCUGUACCAUGCAGCCACCGGCAGCCUGCCCUUCAUCCCCUUUGGUGGGCCGAGGCGCAACAAGGAGAUCAUGUACCGGAUCACCACGGAGAAACCAGCUGGUGCCAUUGCAGGUACUCAGCGGCGGGAAAACGGGCCCCUGGAGUGGAGCUACACCCUCCCCAUCACCUGCCAGCUGUCCAUGGGGCUGCAGAGCCAGCUGGUGCCCAUCCUGGCCAACAUCCUGGAGGCCGAGCAGGCCAAGUGCUGGGGCUUUGACCAGUUCUUUGCGGAGACCAGCGACAUCCUGCAGCGCGUGGUUGUCCAUGUCUUCUCACUGUCCCAGGCCGUCCAGCACCAUGUCUACAUCCACGCCCACAACACGAUUGCCAUCUUUCUCGAGGCUGUGUACCAGCAGACCAACGUGGCCCCCCAACACCAGGAGUACCUCUUUGAGGGCCACCUCUGUGUCCUGGAGCCCAGCCUCUCAGCCCAGCACAUCACCCACACGACUGCAAGCAGCCCCCUGACCCUGUUCAGCAUGGCCAGCGAGACCCCCAAGGGGCUGGCCUUUAGGGACCCUGCUCUGGACAUCCCCAAGUUCGUCCCCAAAGUGGACCUGCAGGCAGAUUACAACUCGGCCAAGGGCAUGUUGGGCGCUGGCUACCAGGCCCGGCAGCUGGCACAGGCCCUGCUGGAGGGGCAGGAGCUGAUGCUCCGGGGGCUACACUGGCUGGUGGAGGUGCUCCAGACCACAUGUAGGCGGACACUGGAGGUCACGCGGACGGCCCUCCUCUUCCUCAGCAGCAGCCUGGGCACCGAGAGGUUCACCAGCACGGCUGGGAGGCCUGAGAUCCAGGAGCUGAGCGGGCCCGCAGAGCUGAGGUCCAAACUGAGAACUUUGGCUGAGGUCCUCUCCAGAUGUUCGCAAAGUGUCACAGAGACCCACAUGAGCCUGAGAAACCUGAGCUCAGAGCUGGUGAAGAACCGGGAUCAGCAUCCAGAAGAUUCAGUGUUGUUUGGACAAGAUGUACCUCAUCUACAAACAGUUCAAGAAAUCCAGGAUGAGACCAGAAGCCCUCGGAGGAGGCCAGCCUGUUUUACAGGCACUGGGAUGGGAAGCCACUUGCCCCAGGUGACUGCCAUCCUGAGGCAGGAACAGGCUCAAACCCAGGGGAUGGCUGGUGAUGUGGGCUGGGUGGGGCCUGGGGAGGGCCUCUUUGUCUCUUGGUUGGGGAGCGAAGGCAGCAGAAACUAACCUUCUCUCUCCUCAUCCUGCCUCAAGCACUUCCUGUAGACUGAAGGUCUUGUGCUUGACGGUCAAAUUCUCUUCUCUCCCUGAGAUUAUUUUAAAAGCGCUGUCCGAUGAAAAUAUAAUGCCAGGCACAAAUGUAAUUUUAAGUCUUCUCAUGGCCAUUUUUUAAAAAGUAACGGAAACAGGCAAAAUUAAUUUUAAUAAUAUAUCUCGUUCAACCCAAUGUAUUAAAAAUGUCAUUUCAACAGGCAAAUAAUAUAAAAAUCAAUAUAAACAAAAUUAUUAAAGGGACAUUUUACAUUCUUUUUUUGUACUAAAUCUACAAAAGCUUGUGUGCUUGUUAUACUUAAAACGCUUCUCUGUUUACACACUAAAAUUUUUAACAGUUACAGUGAAAUGGAGUCCUACCAAAAUAAUAAAGUCAUUUGUAACGGAAAAAUAUUUCAUACUGCUUUGCUUUUUAAAUUAAAAUAAGCUGUUAGUUCCUCAGUCACACUAGCUAUAUUUCAAGUGCUUAGUAGCCACAGAUGUCCAGCAGUCACUGCAUUGGGCCGUGCAGCCGUGCAGUUCUAGAAGGUGAUCUCUCUCUGGUAGCCUCAGUCCUGCCUCUGAGUUCAGCCUUGCAGGCUGUGGUCUGGAGGAGUGGGGUGGGCGCCACAAGAGAUAGGAAAGGGAGAGUCUCCUGCUCUUAGAAGCCGGUGGGACUGAGAGCUCAGCAAGCAUGGCUUGUGCCCAGCUGGCCACCUUUGCUGCAAUUUUGAGAGAACCUCAGAGACUUUUCUGCCUCCACCGCUGGACUCGCACAAUAGUAUAAUCACUAAGUGUCUGAGCACCUCCCAUGUGUUGAGCACUGCCCUACAGGCUGUGUGUCACCCAGGAACACCAGCCCACCCCUGCUGUCCAUUGACCCCAUAGGGUUUCCAAGGCUGUAAGUCUCUACCGAAGCAGACUGACACACUUUUCUCCCACGGAGCCGCUGAUGGUUUCCAGCCGCCUGACCUUUCAAUUAGCCAUUGAUCACUUUAACCACUGUGCCACCAGGGCUCCUUCAAGGGAUUUUAGCCCCCUGCUAAUAAGAGGCAGGGCUGGGUCUUGUCCCAGAUCUCUUGGAUUUCACAAGUGCUCAGCUGGCUGAGUGCAGGCCCAGGACGAGGAGCCCAGGGGAACUGCUGUGUCUGAAAUGGAGGUGAGAGGCCAGCAAGGCAAACCUCUUACAUCAUUUCAUGUUGGGGCUGCCACUGUAAUGGAGGCCAUUCCCUCGAAGCCCAGGAGGGGGCAGCAUCUCUCUACAGCAGUGAGCGUUAGGACCCUUCAGGAGGCAGCCUAGGCAGUGAAAAUUCCAGCUCUCAUUCAUUGCAGGGGGGCCAGGAAUCUUCCUGCUUCUUCCAGCAAAAAGUGGCUGAGCCAAGAAGAGGAGGGUUGAGGGGAAUGGCCUGGCUUAUCUAGGUCACUCUGACUGCAGGGUGAGCAUUCAGAGAUGGGACCAGCCAGCUGUAGACAUCAGUCUCCCUGGGAGGUGUGUGGAUGCAGGGCAGCAGCUCACCAAACAUCCUUCAAGGGAUGCCUGGUACUUCCCACCCACCACCUCCCACCUGAAACCUUCUCUGAUUACCACCCCCACCCCAUGUGCUAUGGCUUCCCUUCCUCUGAGCUCCAGGGCAAUUUCUCUGCAAGUUUUUUAGGUCUCUCCCUCAUAGUAAUGCAAUAGCUGGGUAAUUGUUUCACUCCUUCUGG